UCCCCUUAUCCUCUUUUUUAUCAGAAUACAUCCAUUACCCUUUUCCUCAAAAUCUCUCCUUUUUCUCUGUUCUUCAAUCAUUUUGUUCUUUCUUUUGAUUUCCCAGUCCUGGAAUCUUCUUCUUCAAAAUGUCAAACACUUAAACUUUGUACAACAAGAACAGAAACAUUAAUAUCUCAGUCAGAAGCUGGAAGGAGAGGAUGUCUUGUUUAUUGCCACAAUUCAAGUGCCAACCAGACACUUUUUCUAUCCAAUUCAGAGCUCACCAUUCUCACCAUUCAAAACACAAAGAAUCUAUAUGUUUCCGUUCACAAUGUGUUUUAUCGACCACUUCAUCGACAUCAAUGGCAACAACAGCUGUGCUUGAUGUAGAGAAGCUAAGAUUACCAUCUUUUGAAGCUCAUUCGAAUUCAGUUGUGACCGAUAGACCAUGGACAUAUACAGGGGCAACUGGUCCACCUUCCGAGGCAAGCUUCGGAGCAACUUUAGCAACUGAAAAUCUUCUUACAAGUGAUGAGGCCGUAAUUGCUGCUGCUGCUGCUGAAGCAGUAGCUCUUGCACGAGCAGCUGCUAAGGUUGCUAAGGAUGCUGCCAUUAUGGUUAAGAAUCACGGUUCAGCCAAAACAGAAAUGAAAUCUCCAGGGUCAUCUGCAACCGAUACUUUAACAUCAAAGUGGGGUCUGUUUACUGAAGCAGAGAGGGCCGGUAUUGUUGGAGAUUACGUCUCGGAUGAACUUGAACUGGAAGAAGAUCAUUUAGAGCAAAAUUCCACAAAAGAAUCUGAUGAACUAGAGCCCACAAAUGAAGAACUUAAACUUCUUGAAGAACAAUUAUCCAGAAGUAUAGCAGUGAGGUCACAUCGCCAAACUGAACGAAAAGCUAAAAGAACGAGAGCAGCUGAGAAGGCUGCUACCAACGUUGUUUCAGUGAAGUCCGGUUCUACCAACAGAAAACGGCGUGGUGCUUUACAAGAUAUAGACUACUCUGAUCCAUUGCGUUACUUGAGAGGGACUACCAACACUUCCAAGCUUCUCACUGCUAAUGAAGAACUUGAGUUGUCGGAAGGAAUACAGGACUUGCUAAAACUAGAAGGACUCCAUGAGGAGCUUGCGGAGCGCUGUGGACGACCACCUACCUUUGCACAAUGGGCUGCUGCUGCUGAAGUUGAUCGGAAGACCCUUCGGGAACGCUUGAAUUAUGGCACAAUUUGCAUGGACAAAAUGAUUAAAAGCAACAUACGGCUUGUUAUUUCGAUUGCAAAAAAUUAUCAGGGGGCUGGAAUGAAUCUUCAAGAUCUUGUUCAGGAAGGAUGCCGAGGCCUUAUAAGAGGUGCCGAGAAAUUUGAUGCUUCUAAAGGCUUCAAGUUCUCAACUUAUGCGCAUUGGUGGAUUAAGCAAGCUGUACGGAAGUCUCUCUCCGAUCAGUCAAGGACAAUUCGCUUGCCGUUUCACAUGGUCGAGGCAACAUACAGAGUGAAGGAGGCUAGAAAGCAGUUGUUCAGCGAAAAUGGAAGACAGCCUGACAAUAUUGAAGUUGCGGAGGCAACAGGACUCUCCAUGAAGAGGCUCACUGCUGUUCUACUUGCACCAAAGGCUCCGAGAUCUCUCGAUCAAAAGAUUGGGAUCAACCAAAACCUUAAACCGUCGGAAGUAAUCGCGGAUCCCGAAGCAGAUUCAGCUGAAGAUAUCUUGCUGAAACAGUUCAUGAAGAAGGAUCUGGAGAAGGUAUUGGACAGUCUGAGUCCAAGGGAAAGGCAAGUGAUUCGAUGGAGGUUCGGAAUGGAAGAUGGAAGGGUGAAAACAUUGCAAGAAAUCGGGGAGUCAAUGGGUGUAAGCAGGGAAAGAAUCCGGCAAAUCGAGCUAUGCGCUUUUCGGAAAUUGAAGAACAAAAGGAGAACAAAACAUCUGCAGCAAUAUUUACUUUCAUAUGCCUCAUAGAUACUUCAUUUCUUUCCUUCUAGUUUUCCUUUUUCAUUCCUACAAGUUCAGAGAAAACAUGCAAUUUUUUUACCGUAUCAAACAUAAAAUCCAGGCACUAAUAACAUUUUUUUCUCAUUAAUUAUCAAAUGUAGAUGAAGGUUAUGUUUGAUUCAA